AUGGGCAGUAUUUUGGACAGUAACCAGAUCGUGGCGUUAACUGAAGAUGACACCCAGGCCCCUGUCAUGUCUAGUAUUAAGAUUAACUUAGAUCAAAAUGGUACCAUGAUAGAAAAGGUAUUGGUUGGUCCAGGAAAAAUAGAAUCGGAAACACUAUUCAUCUAUCUGGACCAAGUGGUGACGGUCACUGUGGAGAUCCAAUCAGAUAUAGAAGUCAUAUUUGGAGUAGAUUAUGGUGAUUCAAUUUCAGUAUCGGAGACAUGCGGUGGUCCCAUUUCAGCUUAUAAAUUAACACACACAUAUGCUACGAUAGGCGUUUUUAAUUUAUCAGUUGAAGCAUCAAAUAUGGUGAAUAAUCAGAGCUCAUUUUUAAGUAUUGAAACUGUUUACCCUAUAAAUAACAUUCAUUUCGAUGAUAAAUCAACUCCUCUACUGGUAGAACCGGAUUCGGUGUUGCUUUUUGAUGUAAUAGCAUCUGGGACAUCCUUCCCGUUUGGGAAGACGGAAUUAAUGAUUGAAUGUGGGGCUAAUGUGACGAAUGAAACAUUCACUUUAACACAAGACGGAAUUCAAACAAUAAAUUGCACUAUGGACGAAGUCGGGAAUCAUACUAUAGUUGUAACAAUCAUGUCACCGUUAGAUCGAUUAGAACUGUACAGACGGGACUUCCGAGUUUGGGAUAACUUAACCCUAUUUACAUUUCAACCGUCUGCAGAAGCCUUUGCAGUAGGAAACUUGCCGUCAUUCAACUACACUAAUCCACCUGUUUUUAAUUUCGAUUAUGUUAUCGAUUUUGGUGAGGGGACAAUUUUAGAGAAUAAUGGCAUAGAACAUCUGAGAACACGCUACACAGAUAUUACAAUUCCGGUCUUGAAUUACAACACUUCAGGAACUUACAUAGUCAGCUUCAGUGCAAGUAAUCAUGCUUACUCCAAAUCAAUGUCAACAGCUGUAAUAUUUGAAUAUGCAAUACCACCGUCUAAUUUACAAGUUGAUAUUACCGACUUGCUAUUGGUACCACCAGGGCUAGCAAAGUUCUCGGUGUAUUCCGACAGUGGAGCUGCUGAAAUAACGCCUACGAAUGUUACCUGUACGUAUGAAUUCGGUGAUGGAGUAACUAUAACCAUAACAAAUUGUUGUCUACUAAAUUAUGACGCUACCGGACUGGCUAUUGUUGUGCCGUAUGUAUUUACCACUGAAGGAUCAAUGAAUGUAUCUUUCGAAUGUGAAAAUAGGGUUAGCUCCGAAUUGAUGUUUGCGGAAGUGGAAACCAAACUUAUGAACGUUACCUUGAUCGAGAUAACUCACUAUGAAUUUCUUCUCAUGAACAAUUCUGACCCUAUAACAUUUGAUAUACAAUACAAUAUAUUUAACUUUACCAUCCCACCAGUAAACCUGACGUACGGAAUAACCUGGGAAUCCACCGAAACCAUGAAAUACACCGAGAUGACCAGACUGAAUGAUUCCCAUGUCUACAGUGUCAGGGGCAAUAAUUUACUAACGAUAUACUUUGAAUACUAUAGUGGACAGCGUACGGAGAGAAAAUAUAUACGAUCGGGAACUGUGGAAUUUAUUUUAAUAUCCAGUAGAAUUGGUCAAACGGAUACGACUAGUAUAGAUUUCACGGUAAAACGCCAUCUUUUAUCGGACGAUCAUAGUAUAAGCAUCGAUUGGGGUGAUGGAUCCCCAGAUACUAGCCGUUCAUAUACAGCAACUACUAUUCCACCCCAAUCUAACCCAGUUAUUAGUACCGGAGCUCCCACAACCGAAUCUCACGUAUUCAUCAAAGCUGGUAUAUUUACACCUGUGAUUACUUUUUCUUCUGUUCGAGGCAUAGAGAUACUGGAUUUGAAUGAUACGAUUUAUAUUGAAAAUAAGAUCCAAGGACUGGAAAUAUCCACUGAAGAUAGGUACACAUUCGCUGACACUAUAGCUCCCAUAAUCAGUAUGGGCAAUACAACGUAUCCAGUGAGGAAUAUAUCAUGUUAUUUCAACUAUACCGACGCUGGGAUAACUGUUAUUGGAGAUCUGUUGGACAACAGUACUGAUACAAUACAGACAGUCAUUGAAUAUAGCGAUCUUGGUGAAAAGAACCUCUUGGUUACCUGCUCUAACUAUCUAUCAGAACAGACCUUACAAGCUGUAUACUUAGUCUUCAGUGUCUGUUUUGAUUCGUCCAGAAUGUUUGAUCGAGUCUACGCCAGUGUGUCUACGGCCUUGAAGAUCUAUUCAUCUAAUCCACAGACCAUUACUGGAAGAUCUACCAUCACAGAUGUCUGUAAAAACAGGACAGAUAACAUCCGAUAUACGUGGAAAUUACAAAGAUUCAACCAAUCAACUUCGACCUUACAAGAUAUAGCUAUUUCACAUCCAAAUUCUAUUAGUUUUACUGUGCUGGACUUCACCUCUGAACCUGGUAUAUAUCGUCUCGAACUUACGGUUUUUUUCCCUGAAUACCCAGACGAUUAUAUCACAGAUGUCAUGUUUCUUCAACUGAUAGAUCCCCCCCUGGUUGGAAACAUUGAGUUCGGUUCCAAGAGGGAAGUAAGCAUAGGGAUACCAGUAAAUUUUGACGCUAAAUUGAGUUCAUUCGACCCGAAAAUUGGUCAUGGUAUAGAGGAUCCUGAUUUGCGGUUCUCAUGGAACUGUUAUCGUAUAGCUGACAGUGCUGCGGUAGAUUCAUAUACAGCACCCUAUAGUAAUGAUACAUCAUAUCGUUCAGCACCGCCUUGUGGCUUCACUCUACCAUCACAGAGUAUAAUAAAUGGUAUCGACACCGCCGGUGUUCAACCCAAUUCGUGGUACCUUGUAGAGCUAGAGGUAACUAAAGAUGUAAGACGAGUAACUGAUAUCCAGGUUUUAUACUUCAGUAAUGCAGAUACUCCCUUAUUAGGAAUAAGCUGCCAGUUAAACUGUCUACAGAAAGUUCUAUCUGAUGAUAUAACCUAUUUCCAUUCAUCCAUCACCUGCCCGUCAUGUUCUCCUGAACAAUUGAAUAGUGUUACUUACAGCUGGUCAGUUUAUAAAUAUAAUGUUAUUACUGGUCAAGAUGAUUUAUUAAACUGGGUCGAUAUAUCAUCGUAUAUUAGUACAGUUCAAAGUGAUAGAGAAUUCAAUGCUAAACCAUUUCUGUUUGAAGAAGGUGCAAGUUAUGCUGUGGAACUAGAAGCUACUAUUCCAGGAAAAGACCCUACAAAAACAACCAUACGAUUUGAUGUUAAUUAUAGGCCCUAUGGUGGAGUUUGUGAAUUCAACACGUUAACAGGAUUUGCAACUGUAACUAAGUUUCAAGUAACUUGUGAUGGUUGGAUGGAUGAAUCGUUUCGAAGAGAUAGAGAUGCAUUAAUUGAUGGAGGUGAACCAGUAGUGUACAGAGUGGAACAGUUCACCAGACUGGGGACUUUUGUUGUUUACGAAGGCAGUGAAAGGAGUACUCCACCCUUCUUUCUACAACCCUGUGACGAACGAGAUAGUUAUGAUUGUGAGGUGGUCGUUAAAAUAAUGGAUUUUGUGAGAAGUGAAGCCAAUGAAAAAUUUAUAGUAAAUGUACAAGCACCUUUAGAUUAUUAUUUAUCAAAGGCAAGAAACGAAACAAAUAGUACUGAUAUUACGACAGAUGAAAUUCUAGAGGAAUUCUACCAAAGGAUUGAACAAGAUAUAAACGUUACAUUGAAUUAUGAUAGUUUUUUAAUCGGUAUUAUGACUGCUUCAACAUAUGGCGCAGUUCUCAAUACAAUUCCAUUAGAACAGUCACCAAUAGAGGAUUUUGGUUUGAUUCAAUCGAAUGAUUCUAUAACAGCGAGACAAACCAUCGUUGACUCACUGAGGAUUAUAGAUCCGAAAAAACAAAGACUCCAAAAUGUAAUGGAAGGUGUAAUUUUAUUGUUUACUGAUACAGUAAAUAAAACAACACGGACAGCACCAUUAACACUAAAUGAUAUUUUGAUAGCUUCCUCCUCGCUAGCUUCUUUAAUAGACAAUCCUGAAAUCAUUACAGGUAGAGCUCAGAGUGCUAUCUCAAAUACAGCCGAGGAUCUCAGUAAUUCUUUGGUUGCUAAACUGGAAACUUCUGUUAUAAUUAAAGACAUUUUGAAGACAAUGGAAGCAAUAAAUACAUUGCAAGAUAAAGUCAUUGAUUUAGGUGGACCAGAUAUGACAGGAAAACUGCCUAAUGGUGUUGAUUAUUCCAAUACUGAUUGGAAUCCUGAAGGAGAUGGUUUUAAUCCCUACGAACAGGAAUACUUCGCUAAACUUAUCAAUAGAAGAAAAGCAGCAGAUAUUGAUCGUUUUAUAGAAAAUGCUAAGGAAACAGAGAGAGUUUGUGAAAAAAUAUGGGAAAACUCCUUUGAAAUAAUGGAUAAAGCUACAGCAGAUAAUACCACCUUUAAAACUAUAAAUAGAAACUUUGCAUCAGAGUUAACAAAAGGAACAAUAAGAGAAAUUCUGGCAAGACAAAGAGCUAAGACUACAAUAGCUCAACUGAUGUUAGGCAAUCAAACUGGUAUUACCGAGGGUCAAACUGGUGUUGCGGGUAGUACUGAGAGUCAUACAGGUGUUACGGGUAGUACUGAGGGUCAAACUGGUAGUACUGAGGGUCAAACUGGUAGUACUGAGGGUCAAACUGGUAGUCAAACUGGUAAUACUGAUGUUCAAACUGGUAGUACUGAGGGUCAAACUGGUGGUACUGGUGGUCCAUCUGGUAGUACGGGUAGCCCUGGGGGUCAAACCGCUAGUACGGAUGGCUCUGGGGGUCACCCCCCUUUUGGGGAAUUUCUUGAUAAACCCCUGGGUCAACCACCUUUUGAAGAUACACCCAAAUGA